GGCAAAAAUCUGUCAACAUCCAACAUUUUGAUUUUGACGUGACACAGGAUGACCAUACUUUAAUAUUUUAUAGUUGUUCUUAAAAAAAUCAAAAUGAAUAUUUUCUUAAACGGUUUCUUUCUCUUGUGCGUGAUAUGUGCAAUUUUAUUUGUGUACACACGUCAGAAAGUAACGGCCGUCACGGAUGUUGGAUUUCAGCAAUUUCAGCGAACAUACCUCGUUGUUUAUAUGCUUGCAAUGGCGGGUGACUGGCUGCAAGGCCCUCAUGUAUACGCCCUCUAUGACAGUUAUGGGAUGAGCUCACACCAGAUUGAGAUCCUCUUUGUAGCUGGAUUCGGGUCCAGUAUGAUUGUAGGCACCGUAGUUGGCUCAUUCGCAGAUAAAUAUGGCAGAAGAAACAACUGUAUCCUGUACGGAAUUCUGUAUGGUUCUGCAUGUAUCACAAAGCACUUUAACAAUUUCUGGAUCUUGAUGCUGGGUCGACUUCUUGGUGGGACAGCGACAUCCAUCCUGUACAGCGCCUUCGAGUCCUGGCUUGUGUUCGAACACAAUAAGCGAGGCUUUGACUCUGAUCUGCUGGGGAACAUCUUCAGCCAUGCAAUCCUGGGAAACUCUCUGGUGGCCAUUGCAUCAGGCAUGGUUGCUCAGUUCUUUGCUGAUGGAUUUGGUUUUGUUGCACCCUUCGAUCUGUCACUGACUGUGUUAAUUGUGAUGUGCGGAAUCAUAAUCUACACCUGGCCAGAAAACUAUGGCAACCAGUCUGUUAAUGUGGCACAGUCUAUGAAAAAUGCUGCUCAGGCAAUAAAAUCAGACCACAAGGUCCUAUGCUUGGGCCUUAUACAGUCCCUGUUUGAAGGCUCCAUGUAUGUGUUUGUGCUUGAAUGGACCCCAGCUUUGACCCCUAAUGACCCUUCUAGCGUGGCUCAGCGGAAACUGCUAGGGGCUGAUGAUGAUGCCGAUGGGCACAGGGGCCAAAUUCCACAUGGUCAUAUUUUUGCAGGUUUCAUGGUUUCCAUUAUGAUUGGAUCAUCAUUGUUUAAAUUGCUGUCCAAGUUCACAUCAGUGGAGUCAUUUAUGAGGCCAGUGUUAUUUGUGGCAGCCAUGACCUUGGCCACUCCAAUAUUAUUCCCAGGGAACCAGUUGGUGAUAUUUAUGGCCUUCAUUGUGUUUGAGAUGUGUGUGGGCGUGUUCUGGCCUUCCAUGAGUACCAUGAGGGGCAAAUACGUUCCGGAGGAAACACGAGCAACUGUGAUGAACUUCUUCAGAAUUCCGUUAAACAUGAUUGUUGUGAUGAUAUUGCUGCAGAAUCUGUCAAUGGCAGUGAUUUUCACAUGUUGUGUUCUGUUCCUUUUUCUGGCCACAGUGUUUCAACAUUGGCUCUAUGUAUUGACAUCCAAAAGAUCUCUUAUCAUUCCUGCCGGACAAGUGGAAAGGGAGAGACAACCACUGCAGGAACAAAUCGUCUAGAGUUGCUGCCCAUGGAUUUAUACAUUUUCAGUCCUAAAAUAUCUUUAGUUGCAGCCCUUGGUUUUAAUAAUUGCAAUCAAAAGAAUGCAGUACUUGAUGUUUUAGAGUUGCAUACCUUAGUUUUAAAAAGGUGCAACCAAUAGGUUUCAGUACUUGAUUUUCUAGAGUUGCAGACCUUGAUUUUAAUAGUUGCAACCAAAAGAAUGUGGUACUUUAUUUUCUAGAGUUGCAGUCUUUGGUUUUAAAAAGGUGCAACCAAGAGGUUUUGGUAUUUGAUUUUAAUAGAAUUGCAGCGUUUGGUUAUAAUAGUUAUAAUUAAAGCUUUGCAGAAUGUGAUUUUCUGUAGUUGUAACCCUUGGUUUUAAGUGGUUCCAACUUUCAUAAUCUUGGGAUGGACUUCUUGAUACUAGUUGCAAUCCUUAAUAACAUUUUGAAUGCUUAUUAUGCCCCCCUUCGAAGAAGAGGGGUAUAUUGCUUUGCACAGGCAUGUCGGUAUGUCGGUCGGUAGGUCGGUCGGUCGGUCCGUCGGUAGACCAAAGCUUGUCCGAGUGAUAACUGAACAAUUCCUGGACGUAUGGUCAUCAAACUUCACAUGAAGGUUGGGCCUGACCAGUAGAUGACCCCUAUUGAUUUUGGGGGUCAUCAGGUCAAAGGUCAGGGUCACAGUGACCUUUAAUGGUAAAAUAAUUUUAAAGCUUGUCCGAGUGAUAACUCAACAAUGCCUGCACCCAUGGCCCUCUAACUUGACAUGGAGGUUGGGCCUGACCAGUAGAUGACCCCUAUUGUUUUUGGGGGUCAUCAGGCCAAAGGUCAAGGUCACAGUGACCUUGAAUGGUAAAAGGUUGUCCGAGUGAUAAUGUGAAAAUGCCUGCACCCAUGGCCCUCAAACUUGACUUGGAGGUUGGGCCUGACCAGUAGCUGACCCCUAUUGUUUUUUGGGCUCAAUGGGUCAAAGGUCAAGGUCACUGUGACCUUGAAUGAUAAAAGGUUGUCCAAGUUAUAACUCAACAAUGCCUGCACCCAUGGCCCUCAAACUUGACAUGGAGGUUGGGCCUGACUAGUAGAUGACCCCUAUUGAUUUUAGGGGUCAAAGGUCAAGGUCACAGUGACCUUGAAAGCAAACUCGACAAUUCUUGAACCUAUGGUCAUCAAACUUGACAUGGAGGUUGGGCCUGACCAGUAGAUGACCCCUAUUGAUUUUAGGGGUCAAAGGUCAAGGUCACAGUGACCUUGAAAGCAAACUCGACAAUUCUUGGACCUAUGGUCAUCAAACUUGACAUGAAGGUUGGGCCUGCCCAGUAGAUGACCCUUAUCGACUUUGGGGGUCAUCAGGGCAAGGUCAAUGUCAGAGUAACCUUUAACGCAAAAAAAUUAACAAAUCUUCCCCCACUGAUAUCUCAAAAAUGCCUGAACCUAUGAUCUUUAAACUUGACAUGGAUGUCAAGCCUGACCAGUAGAUCACCCUUAUUGAUUUUAGGAUUCAUAGAGCCAAAGGUCAAGGUCACAGUGAUCUUGAAUGGUAAAAGGUUGUCCGAGUGAUAACUUAACAAUGCCUGAACCCAUGGCCUUCAAACUUGACUUGGAGUUGCAUCUGACUUGUAGAUGACCCCUUAUGAUUUAAGGGGUCAAAGGUCAAGGUCACAGUGACCUUGAACGAAAAAAACUUGUCUUGUGAUAACUUGACAAUGCCUGCACCCAUGGCCCUCAAACUUGACAUUUAGGUUUCUGGUGACCAGCUGAUGACUCUGGAUUUUGAGUUCAUAGAGUCAAAGGUCAUGACGGUCAUAACACACUUUAUCCUCACACUUUAAUGGUCAUAAUCUUAAAACAGCAACAAAUCAGCUGUCAUUUCGGUCCAUGCAUAUUUCAUUCAAUUGUCCAUAUAAUCCUGACAACAUGGCGCUCAGGGGGGCAUAAUGUUUGACAAACAUCUCUUGUUAUGCAAACUAUGAUCUACAUAUUAAAACGUAGGCUUUAGUCUUAGUACUAAAUACUGUUUCCAUAGAAAGCCUGUGCACUUGGCACUAAAGUUUCAACCUUUCAUUAUCAAACUUUAUAGUUGCAUUCCUUUGAAACAGGGUUGCAACCUAGAAGAUUAGGAUUAGGAUAUAUCCUUUUCUGAGUGAGGUUUAGUAUAUGGUGCUGGUUGUUAAUUGGAUCAUUUGAAAUCCGACAAUGAUUGUUUAUUUAGAAAUUAUUGUUAUGUAUUAUUUGUGCAUGUAUUUUAUAAUAGUCUUUUAUUAUUUUGUAAAUGAAACAAAUGGCUAUGCCUUCUUUGGGACAAUAAUUAAUGGCGUAAUGAAAAUGGUUUUGGCAUAUUUAUAGAAUAUAAUUGUUGAAGGCUUUUGACAAUGCAUGGAUCAUGCUCAUAUUGCAAGAACUUAAGUAACUGUUGUUAUUUGUAAGUGUCUGUCUUUAAUAUGCAUCUCUAAGAGUAUGUAACCUUAUUUUAUUUAAGAGUUUAUUUCAGAAAGAUAAUUCACUAGUAAUCAAUGACAAAACUAAAUUACACUAAAUUACACUUUAAAUAGGUACAUGUAGACAAGUCAAUGUGUCUUUUAACAAGCAGAAUAUUCCUACACUAUGCAUUAAAGGCCCAUUUUAUCAUUGCAGGUGUCACAUGAUCUCUUUUGAAUAAUUAUAUAUCUAAGUAGUUAUUUUAUCUAUUGAUUAUUUUUAAAAAAACAGCUUCUAUGAAUUUGCAAGUUAAACUUUCAGUUUAAUUUGUCACUUAAUAUUAACGGAAAUUCAUGAUCUUAUGACAUUUUUUUUGUGUGCUCGUUGGUAAAAUGGCCCCUUUUUUAUUAUUUGUGUUAGUUGUGCAGCCUUUUUCUGUAUUCAUACAUUGAAGAAAACUAUCACAAAUGUGAAACUUUAUUUGGUUAACAAUAACAUGUAAAUAGGGAUUUUUUGUUUAUUCAAACUUUUUUAUGUUAGUUAUAUUAUAAAGCAAGUAGAAACUGUUUAAACAUUGUUCAUGAUUAUUCAAUUUUUCUUGCCGCUUUAUACAGCUUUUGCCAUCAAUUUUUCAUUAUUUCUUUACACAAUUUUGGCUCUUUAAAUUAUUCAAUUAAAUUAUGCCAUUAUUUUAGAACUCCAGUAUCCCUAUGUUUAUGUUUUUUGUCAGUUUAAAUGGUUUAUUAAGUAGAGUAAGAAUCAAUAAAAAAAUUAAACUGAAAAAACAAUAUUCAAAAUAUGCUUUUUUGGGUCUUCAUUGUGGCCAGGAUUUGUUUAGUUUUGUUAAGAGCUUUCCAAAUGUGAAUUCUAAUUGACAUGACACCUAACCACUCUUAUAUGAAUAUUCAUAUUGGUAAAACCAAUGGAGAGAUGAACUAGUCACAUGACAAUCAUGGACAACAAAUGUGCAUGACCUUGGAUUCAAUAUAAUUUUUCUUUGGUUAAUGGAAGCGGAAAAUUAUCAAAGGUGUGAUUGUUGAUGUAAUUCAAGUUUCAUACAUUUUUUUUUAUCAUUUUCUUGGUCAGCGUAUUCAAUUUCUGUUUUACCAUGCUUGUUCCUAGUUUGUUUUAUGUGCCAUUCGAUUGUAUCAUUAUGAUGAUAUCUUAUCAAUGUUAUUUAUAUCCUACUGUAGUCAUAUAGUUUUAUUGAUUUGUUAAAAGUGCUACAUGUAUGAAUCGAAUGUUAAUAUUUAAUCUUGAAAAUCAUUAUCCAAUAUAUCAUAUUUAACUUUUUGUAGAUAUACCCCCUGACUAAAUUAACUGCCUGCAAACACGGACUGGAUCUCAUAUAAUCCAUGAAAAGGCAUUAAAAUGUUCUCAUGCAGGAGGAAGCUGUCUGUAUUAUAGUAACAUUGCUGUGUUUAAUUAUUGAGGUAAUUAACAUAUAAGCAUUGCAUAUAUUGUUGAUAUAUUAGACAAAUUUUGAUUUAUGCAGUUUUUGUUGUUGUUUUUCAAUUACCGGUAAAUUAACUAACAGUGUUAAUUUUGAGUAUAAGUUUAAUAUGAGUAAAUAAAUUCCAAUUUAUGCACACUUAUUUUUUCAACAAAUAUAAUUAACAGAGUUGAUUUUGGGCAUAAGUUUAGUAUGAGUAAAUGAUUUAUUGAACACGAAGCUUACCCAGUAAGCCUUUACAAUUAAUAUUCCUAUGUAUAUACUAUUCUUUACUUAGAUCUUGUAUGUGAUAAAAUUGUUAAAACAUAUCAAAUCUUAUUUAAUGUUGUGCUAUGAAAAUUUAGAACAAAUAAUCAUCUGUUCAUAAAUUAAAGUCUGUCUGUAUAAACAUAUUGUGUAAUUUACAAAAAUUCAUUGCACACCCUUUUUAUAUUGUAUUUUUCCACACUGUUUCUAUGAUGCAAAUGUUCUGUUAAGCUAAACACCAUGAUUCAACUUCCUUUCAGAAUUGUUCACUAAAUAAUGUUUUGAAUUCAUUAGAAUUAUUAAUUUCAAUUUACAUGUUAUUACUGCCGUAAAUGUCUAGCAUAAGAUCAGAGCAAGGAGUUUCUAUCAAUCAAAGUUGUUGCCUUCCUUGAAUGUCUACCAUAAGAUCAGCGCACAGUUUUCCUGAUUUAAAGUUGUUGCUCAUGAUGUGUACCGUACCUCAAGAUGGGCCCGGAGUUGUUGCACUAAAAUUCUAAACUAAGAUCAGAGCACAGUUUUGAUCGAUCAAAAAUAAAUGUAUUGAUUUCUUUGUCUUUAUAUGUAACAAGUUACAAGUACAGGGUACAGCCCUUUUUUCAUUCCAUUUAUUUUUGUAUUUGCAUGCAGCCAACAAUAUGCGAAAGUGAUUUCAUACUACAGCGCUAUUUAAGCCGCAUUACAGCGCUAUGAGUUUUAUUUCUAACAGAUUGUUAAUAUAUGUCUGGUCUACCUGUCUAUUCAUUUUUGUUGUCAUGAAAUAUCAAAGUAUAUAUAUGAUCUUAUAACCUUGAUUUCAACAGUAAACUAUAAGCAUGUUAUAGCGUAUGUGUUCUGACUUUAUUCAACUUUUCUCUGCAUACCUAGUAUUAAAGUUUUCAUUUUAAUUUCCCAAAAGGUAUAUUCUUGCAUUUGUUAUCAUUUGCGUAAAAUAAAUUUUAUUUAUUAAUAAUACAUGAGCUUAAUCUACAGAUAUCACUGAAUAACAUUUAUAGAAACUUUUUUCCAUGUACUUGCCAAUAAUAAAAGAUACUGUUAAUUAUUAGAUAUAAGUUAUAUUGUUGAUGACAUUUAUGACUUCAAGAUAUAAUGAUAUGAUAUAUUAAGUUGAUUAACCAAAAUAUGUAUUGUCGUCUGACUUGAAUCAUUGGUUUGUAUCAUGUUUGUUUCUGUUCUAUUUCCAUUGUUAAUGUGUGAUAAUUGCAUUGAAAUGUAAAUAUGUCUGUUGGAAAUUCUUAAUGCCAAUUUGUAUAGAGUCCUUUAGUCUCAAAUUUAAAGUUUAUAUAGAGAAUAUUGAGUAUUGUUCAACUUCUAGGAAAAAAAGAUUGUCAAUUGAUUGGCCAUUAAUAAAACAAGUAACCAGCAGCCAACUGUAUACAAUUGGUUAAUUCUUUGGUCUGAUUAAAGUUAGUAGAAAUGUCUACUGAUUGGUCAAUAUUUAUCCAAUAAUGAUUGUUGACCAAUGAAAUUGCUUGCAUCUGCAAACUAACCAAAAAAUAACAUGUGGAAAAGUUAUCCAGUUUUAUACAAUUGGUGCCAGGUUGUUGUUGUCCCUGACCUAUUCAGGCAUCAAUUCAAAUUACCGGUAUUCAUUUUAAAACCUUAGACAAACAAUCUCAGACAGAUAUGAUGGUUUUGCUUAAGACCAUCGUGGUACAGGGUUAACUGGCAUUCCAUGUUUUUAUAUCCGAUGAUCUGUCUGCUUGUUCAAAGCCAUUCUAGUAUUUUCAGAAAGUGUGAUAUUUCCCACAACCCAUUAUUCCAUAUUGUUGAUAGUUACUACUUGACAUAAAAAUAAAUUGACAGAUUGAUAGCAUAACAUAGGUCUGUUUUCACUUAUGCCUCGAGUCUUUUCAACGGCUGAUUUAGAAAAGUGAACAUUGAAAAUGCAGGAAGCAUUUAUAUAUUUGUAUUAUUAUUCUUUACAAGAGUUGUAAAAAAGGGCAAUUGCUGUUAUUUGUAACAUUUUCAGCAUUUUUUUCAGCUUUCAUUUUGCAAUACAAAAAGUAUGUGCAGAAACAAGUGAAUGUUAAUGACUAUGGACUCUGCCAUAUAUUAAUUGGGAUAAAGUGCUGGGCAUAUAAUAUAUAUAUUUAGUUGUUAGAAUUUAAGUAUUUAACUUGUUCUUUGAUUUCUGAUUUUUUAAAGAUGAAUAAAAAGACUUGUUAAG